ACUUACCUGGCAGAAACGGCCCCGGAGAUUGUCGGCUCUUUGGCACUUGCGCGUCUCAGUCUCCCAGCUCGGAUCAAUGGCUCACAUGAUCGAUGAAUGAACCUAUCGAAGAGGAGUUGUUCCCGGGCGAUCGGCUGAGGUAUUUCCACCCGACGCAGCCUGGGGAGGUACUAGAUGGUAGAUUCAAGACGAUUGCCAAACUCGGUUUCGGCGCUGGCUCUACUGUUUGGUUGGCAGAGAAUCUCAAAUUCAAAAAACGGAGGAAGUCGUUGGUUCCUCGCUAUGUCAGCGUCAAAAUCGCAGCUCUUGAUAUAGAUGCAUCUCGAGAGACCAUGACUUCGAAGCUUAUCGCCAACGCUAAGCCAUCACACGAGGGUCAUUCGUUCAUCCAGACGCCUGUCGAUGAAUUUCAGUUGAAAGGACCAUAAGGAACACACUUCUGUCUUGUUUAUGAGCCAAUGAGAGAGAGACUUUUUCAGCUUCAGCAUAGAUUGAAGCGACAAAGAUUGGCACUACCCUUG